CUCAUUUUUGUCGUCUAUUCACUCUUGAAAAAGUAACGACGACCUCCACUUCAGCAGCGGUGUCACCGCAACAAUCAUCCAGAAGGUGCCGUCGUUUGAAGAAGCUACGAAGAUCCGCUGAGAUAUUGGAUUCAAUUCCACGCACUCGAAUAACUACAGAAUCGGGUUCACUUUUCCAUCGCAAUUUCGGUAUCUUUACUUCCUGCAAUUCAAACUCCAGUGGCAAAUUCCGUGGUAACUCUUCAAUGUUUCACCUGUAGCUUCAGUUUCCGGUGUAUAGAAAAUUGAAGGCUUUGCACUGAUAUUUUGUUCGCUUGACUGGUGCAAAGGCUUCUGCUCUGUAUCUUGGUUUCUGGUUUUGCACUAGUCAUUCGAAUUGCACAAUUUGCUAGAGGGUAAUAUCGGUUUGUGAGUGGAUUAGGGUUUUCACUAAGGUUUUAGGGAUUUAUAGGGUUUAUGUUUCAAGGGUAGCCAGUGACAGUAGCAUUAGCUUGCUUUAGUUGUUUUGAAUUUGAUCCAGUUGGAAUUAGGGUGUUUCUUUGAUGACAGUAGAUUGAGGAUGGUGAGGUUUUUAGGUUUGACUCUUGGUUACACUGAAGAACCCCGGGAAAUAGCAUCAAGAUCGAAUCUGACUGGUGAGUCUGGUGAAAAUGGGUGGCUCAUCAGGUUCUUUGACUCGGCGUUCUUCUGCGAGUGGAUUGCUGUUAGCUACUUGUAUAAGCAUGAUCACGCGGGGGUGCGUGAUUAUCUCUGCAAUAGAAUGUAUACACUUCCGUUGCAAGGUGUUGAGAGUUAUUUGUUCCAGAUAUGUUACAUGAUGAUACACAAGCCUAGUCCAUCCUUGGAUAAAUAUGUGAUAGAUGUGUGCUCGAAGUCGCUUAAAAUUGCUUUGAAGGUACAUUGGUUCUUGUUGGCAGAGCUUGAGGACUCUGAUGAUAAUGAAGGGAUUAGUAGGAUUCAGGAGAAGUGUCAGAUUGCUGCCACCUUGAUGGGUGAGUGGCCACCUCUAAUUAGGCCUCAAACUGAACCUCCAAGUCCUGGAGGGAAGAGCCAAGUUUUGAAUAGGUUACUGUCAUCAAAAAAUCGCUUGUUGUCACUAACAUCCUCACCACCUGGUCAGAAGUCUUUAUCAUUUUCACCGUCCUCAGGAAACAAUUUGCAAGAGGAUGGGAAACCAAUGUCUCCAGACGAGAACAAGAUAUUUAAGAAGUUUAUGCCAGGCCCUAAGGUUAGAGAUGCGUUACUUUUUAGGAAGUCAGUGGACAAAGACGAUGAUGGUUCUGAAAAGGAUGGUUUUUUCAAGAGGCUUUUGAGAGAUAGCAAAGGUGAUGAUGAACUGGGCCAAAAAUUUCGUGAUGCAUUUCUGUUUAGGAAGUCAUCUGCGAAAGAUGAUGAAGAGUCUGAAAAAGAUAAUUUCUUUAAAAGGUUCUUAAGGGACAGUAGAGGUGACGAUGAAGACUCAGAAAAGGAUGGUUUCUUCCGAAGACUCUUAAGGGACAGUAGAAGUGAAGAUGAAGAUGUAGCUUCAAGUUCGGAGGGACUAUUCAAGAGGUUGUUUCGUGAUAGCAAGAAUGAUUCUGAGGACAGAGCAUACUCUAAAACAAUAGAAUAUGAAGAUAAAGAGGGAUUUUUUCGAAAGUUGUUCCGAGAGAAAUCGGAAGAUAGGAAGGACGGGAGUGAUAGGAAUGAUAACAGAGAAGCUACUAAUGUUGACGAGAAAUGUGCCAAACCUGCUGAAGAGGAUGAAAAAGAAGGGUUUUUCCGGAAAUUAUUAAAGGAUAAAUUUGAGGACAAGAAGGAUACAAAUGAUAAGAUUGAAGAAGGUACUCCCAACGGUGAGGAAGAAGAGUCUUCUGAGUUUUCCUUGUUCAAAAGAUUAUUUCGUGUGCACCCAGAAGAUGCUAAAAGUAGUAUGGCCAAUGCAAACAUCAAUAACGGUGGUUUAGUUGAAAGUAGUCCAGGUACUGAUAAUUUUUUUCGUAAAUUGUUCAGAGAUCGUGACCGUUCAAUUGAAGAUUCAGAGCUAUUGGGUCCAAAAAGACAGAAAGAGAAGAAACCUGGAUCCCCAACGCAGCAAAGUGAAAAAUCAAGCACAAAGCCACCAUUACCAAUUAGUCCAUCUCAGUUUCGGAAAGGGGCAUACCAUGAUUCAUUGGAGUUUGUGCAGUCAUUAUGUGAUACGUCGUAUGGGUUAGUGGAUGUAUUUCCACUUGAAGAUCGCAAAAGUGCUCUUCGUGAGGCGCUUGUGGAAAUCAAUCUACAUGUAGUGAAGGUUCAGAACACUGGAGGUGUUUGUUUUCCAUUGGGAAAGGGCAUGUAUCGUGUGCUUAACAUACCUGAAGAUGAAGCUGUUCUCUUGAAUUCUAGGGAGAAAGCACCUUUCCUGAUCUGUGUAGAGGUUUUGAGAUGUGAAAUGCCAAGUAAUUCUAAGGAGGCAUCAAGUUCUCAAAAACUUUCUCAAGGGGGAAUUCCUUUGGCAAAUGGAGAUGCGCUCAUGCAAAGACCACCCCCCUGGGCUUAUCCGUUACGGACAGCACAAGAGGUUUAUCGCAAUAGCAAUGAUAGGAUGUCCAGUUCAACUGCUCACGCAAUUGACCAGGCAAUGACUCAUAUAUCUGAGGCAAAAAUCAAAUUUGUUAGUGUGAAUCUUUCCACAGAAACACAGUUAAAUGGUCAGCCAGAGCAAAUUGAAGUGGUUGAUCUACAUGGUGGCAGUCAGCGUUCUGCUUCAAUUCAUAGAGAUGGUGUGUCUGACAAAGCUGCAGCAGGACGUGGCAGUGAUUUGGAAUGGGUACGUGUAGUGUUGACAGCUGAUCCUGGGGUUAGAUUGGAAGAUAUUGAGGACCAAGCACCUCCCCGGAGGAAGGAACAUCGCCGUGUUCCAAGUACGGUGGCAAUAGAGGAAGUAAAGGCUGCGGCAGCAAAAGGGGAAGCACCUCUUGGACUUCCUUUGAAAGGUGCCGGUCAAGAUUCAUCUGAUGCACAACCAAGGGCUAAUGGAAUUACUCCCAAAGCCAGCGAUGCCUUGUCCGGUGAACUUUGGGAGGCAAAGAAGGAUAGGAUAUGCAAGGCUUCCAUAUAUGGGAAGUUACCUGGUUGGGACUUGCGAUCUGUUAUUGUUAAGAGUGGUGAUGAUUGCAGGCAGGAGCAUCUGGCUGUUCAACUUAUUUCUCACUUCUAUGAUAUUUUCCAAGAAGCUGGCCUACCCCUCUGGCUGCGACCAUAUGAAGUUCUGUGUACUUCUUCUUACACAGCUAUUAUUGAAACAAUUCCAGAUACGGCUUCUCUACACUCUAUCAAAAGUAGAUAUCCCAACAUCUCAAGCUUACGUGAAUUCUUCAGUGCUAAGUAUGAAGAAAAUUCUUCCAGUUUUAAACUUGCCCAGAGAAACUUUGUUGAAAGUAUGGCAGGAUAUUCCCUGGUGUGCUACUUUCUGCAGGUAAAGGAUAGGCAUAAUGGGAACCUCCUAUUGGAUGAAGAAGGUCAUAUCAUACAUAUUGAUUUUGGCUUCAUGCUCUCUAAUUCACCUGGUGGUGUUAACUUUGAAAGUGCACCUUUCAAACUAACUCGGGAACUUCUUGAGGUUAUGGAUUCUGAUGCUGAGGGUGUUCCAAGUGAGUUCUUUGAUUACUUUAAGGUUUUAUGCAUUCAAGGCUUCCUUACUUGCCGCAAGCAUGCCGAGCGCAUCAUUCUUCUUGUUGAGAUGUUGCAGGAUUCAGGUUUCCCAUGUUUUAAAGGUGGUGCCCGGACAAUACAGAACCUACGAAAGCGAUUUCAUCUCAGUUUAACUGAAGAGCAAUGUGUCUCCUUGGUGCUGUCACUCAUCAGCAGCAGCCUGGAUGCUUGGAGGACCCGGCAGUAUGAUUAUUAUCAGAGGGUUUUGAAUGGAAUACUAUGAGAUACUUUGCCAUGGUGAUCACUUGCUUUCCUCUUACGCCAACCCUUGUAAUUAAUUAGCUAAAGGGGAAGGUUGGUUCACUGUAAAAUGGCUUUAAAGUUUUCAACAGAGGGAAGAAUUAAUAGUGGGAACGGGAAGCCUCUUUUCCCCCAUGAAGAUCCUAACUCGUCAAAAUCAUAGUGUACCAGGCUAUAUUUACUGAAGCUGGGUCUUUUUUAUUUCAUUUCCUUCGUAUCAUAUGAAGCUCUGCUGCUUGGAGAAGUUGCAUUAGCCUCCUAAAUGCAGAGGGACAGUGCAGAGUGUACAGUGAUUUGAGCGGGACAAACCACAUUUAAUAUGAUUGUUGGGUAAACUGAAAGUGUGUUAAAAGUGUUGAACGGAUACUGACCUUGUGGAGGAAAUGGUGGACAGGCCUCAGUGUAUGUGUAAGCGAUCUGCGCUGUAAUUUUUCCUGAUCUCGUUCUCAGAUGUUCAACGGAGUCUGUCUUCUCAGAGUUGAUUACGUGACCAUUAAAAAUUGUGAUCCAGAUUCUUUAAAGAUGAUUGAUUGUAUUAUGUCCUUUGGUGAAAAUUUGUCUCACCUUCACAUCAAUCGUAUAAAAUGCUUCUUCUGGUUUGGUGGCAUUGUAUCUAGAUCUGUACAGGUACGCACCCAAAACAAGGGGUUAUAUAACUAAACCUUGACUUUUGAAUAUCUUAUUACAAAUUUAAUUUCAGCAA